CGUCAGUUCGGCACGACACCUCUGUAAAGCACGACAGAGGAACUCGUCUCUCGGUAUUCUGUAACAUGCAACACGCCAUCGUAGCUACGGCUUCUUAUUUCCUCGAUAUUUAAUUAACUGACAAGUGCUCAUGGUGAACCAUCGAAUGGAAACGACAUAAACUUUGGUGACAUUGUCCAGGAAAAAUAUUGACAAACUAAAAAGUGUCUCACAAAUUAAAACGACAGUAAUUAUCUAGUGAUCGACAAGUUUGAAAUUCUCAGUCUAUUAUUCGAAUUUUUUUUUUUUAAAUAAAUCAAUUCGAAUGACAGGAACGUAAUUUAUGGCAGUAGCCAUCAGCAACCCUCCUAACAACGAAUCUCUAAUUUUCUAUAAUAUCAAAGAGAUCAAAGUUAAAGAGUAGCAAUAUUAAUGUUUUAAACUGAACAAACGACUCGAUGGUAAGAGAAUCAAAUUCCAAGAAAGUGUCAGUGAAAUGUUGAACAGCGAUUUAAAUGACAGUGGAAGGGACUAACAUCGAACCAAAGAACGGUGUUUGGAAAAUGACGAACUAUUUUCCGCAAAGAGGACUUCAACGUGACGAACAUUAAUGGGAAAAAGGAUGACAGUCCAAGUGUGAAGCAGAGCACGAAUCUUCUUCAAAAUGGAUCGAGCUAUCCUGUUCGCUCUAUUGAUAUCUCUGACGUGCUUUUCGAGUAGCUGCGGUGGACACCUUAUCGAUGGCAUUUUCACGGAACCAACCUUGGAACGGGGUUACAAUCUGGUUGCCACAGUUCCAAGAGGUGCUCUGGCUCUGAACGUGACACAAUUACGUCACACGGAGAAUUAUUUGGCAAUAAAAUUGCAAAAUGGUACCUACCUGUUGAAUGGAAAUUAUAGUAUUAACUUAUCCGGCAAGUAUCCAGCAGCUGGGACAACUUUCACCUAUCUUCGUCAAAGUCCUCAAAAUUUGGAAAGCUUCUCUGCUAUUGGUCCAUUGCACGAACCCAUCGAUGUUAUGGUUUUGUAUCAAGAACCAAAUCCUGGUAUCGUGUAUCGAUAUAUCAUCCCUGGAAGUGUGAGUGUCCCUCCGAAUCCUCAUCUUGGACCUAAAACAGUUUCUGCCAAAGCUAGUGAACCUAUCGUACCAUCUGUUCCACAUAAAAAAAUAGAAACUGGAACUAAUAUCAACGAUGCAACUCAAACCUAUCUUCCAAGACGUUACAAGAAAAGAAAAUUUAUAUGGAAAGCAAGUGGUUUCACUGAAUGCAGCAGGACUUGUGGAGGAGGUAUUCAGAUGAUAAGAUACGUGUGUAUAAGGGAACAUACGCAAACUCAAGUGCCAGAAAAGAGGUGUCAUGCUUUAGAAAAGCCACGAGAAACUCAAACGAGAUGUAACACUAUGCCUUGCCCUCCCAAAUGGAGACCUGGCCCCUGGAGCGACUGUUCCGUUACUUGUGGUACCGGAAAUCGCGUUAGAGAGUUAGAAUGCGUGCAAGAAAUAAAACCAUCAUUAAUAAUGAGAAUAGCCGAUGGCGCCUGUAUGGAACCAAAAAUUCUUCCUACGAAUGAGGUUUGUGAAAUGCCAGCGUGUGAAUAUGAGACGAAAACGACGACGACCACAUUAUCGCCUCCACAGUGGAGCGUGGGCACAUGGUCUCCGUGCUCAACAACUUGUGGACCAGGUAAGAAAACAAGAACUGCAAAUUGCAUCACACAAGGACCUCCUUGUGAUCUUGAAGAAAAGCCUAUUACUCAAGAAGCUUGCGAUCUGGGACCCUGUACCACCAAACCACCUCAAACGAAUAUUAUUUCAACGAGACUUCAAAGUCCACAGUGGUUGUACACCGAAUGGUCCGAAGGGUGUUCAGCAGAAUGUGGGAUUGGAGUACAGACGAGGAAGGUUUUUUGUGAAAAGGGACCGGAAGAAGAAUUUUGCGAGGAAUCAACUCGACCUGAGACUGCAAGGACUUGUUCCAGUAACAGGACAUGUAGUGGACAAUGGUUUUCAGGACCUUGGUCUGAGUGUUCUUCAGAAUGUGACGGAGGAGAACAAGUGAGAGAAGCAGUUUGUGUAACAACCCUUCGUGGAUCUCUUCGAGUUGUCCUCGAUAUGAAUUGUCCUGCGAACAAACCGGAAACGAGAAGAGCUUGCAAUGGUCCACCAUGCACAUCCAUGUGGUUCAUAUCAGACUGGACAGAAUGCUCUCGAUCGUGUGGAAAGGGCAUUCAGAAGAGAGAAGUCAAAUGUUUGAACAAAGACGGUCAAACACCAGACCACUACGAACUCCAUUGCAAGGAAAAUGAUCGUCCUAUUUCCCGAAGGACUUGUAAUGAUUAUCCUUGCAGAGACGAUAUGCACGGAGCUGAGAAUCAUCACAGGGUUCUGCAAGUUCAAAACGAUCCAGAAAUCUCAAAUGGACUCGAGGAAAACCCACUUUGCAAGGACACCAUAUCAAACUGCAAUUUAGUCCUGCAAGCUCGUCUCUGCACUUACCAAUUUUACCAACAGCUGUGCUGUCUCUCGUGUUCCAGAGCUAAGCAAGAGUUAGAAUGAAGAUUUAAAUAUGACCAGACAAACGUAUCUUUAAUGUAAAUGUAACUCUUCGAUGAACAAUUGAGAGAAUAUUCCAAUCUGAAAUAUUAGUUAAUUAUUAAUUCAAAAAAGAACUAAAGAAUCAUUAAAAGGUAAUAUUCUCUUAAAUUCGAAUCGUCGAAGAUAACACUAAAUAUUAUACGUGUCGCUGUAGAUUUACUUACCCCUGCACUGCCUGAUUUAGAUUUUAACGUCGACUUUUUUGUACAUGAAAAUGAUAAGCUAAAGGUACUCCCUGAAAAAUGAUACCUAAAAAAUUGUACUUACACGAAAAUCAUAAGUAAUAAUAAAUUUUUGUAUCCUGUAAAGUAAGAUAAUUUUCGAAAGCAAUUUUUCUGUAAACACGAUAAAAAAUUAUGAAAUCUUUGUACGAUAAAAUUUAAAACGUCGAUGUGGAGAAAUUAGACUGAUCGUGUAAAUUGUAAUAAGGCAACAUUGGCAUUUAAUUUGUAUUAUUUUUCGUUACACGUACUUGCCGUAAUAAACUUAAUGCUUUCUA